AUUUAAUUCAACCUGUUUUACCAGCAACUGGUCUCCCCAACAUCCUCUCAUUCCAGAAACAAUCCAGCAACAUUUUGUGACGAGACAUAUCUCCAGAAAACGAAGUGGAUUUGUCUUUCAGAAACUUUUUUAUUCUGUUUUGACUUGAGAAGAGUCGGCCCUCCACUCGCAGCUCCUUCACUCGGUGAAGACGGUGGAGUGAAUCAUGCCCUCAGACUUCCUGACACCGUUCCUGGAGCUGGACGAGGAGUUCUGCAAGAAUUUCCAGGACCUGGAAGCAGCAGGUGACUUGUCCUUCUGCGCGCAGCAGCACAGUCAACGAGUUCUCGGGUUCCAAAGACGCCAUUCCCUCUGCCCCGUGACCCUCCCCAACUCUAAGUUCAACAGCGGCAGCUCUGAGGUCAUGGARUCGGCCUUCGGGGGUCUGAACUUGGCCUCCAGUCAGCAGUGGAACCGGGUGCCGCCCCGCUCCUUGCUCAGCCACAUCCCCUUCAGGGUGGAUCGCUCGGUYAGUAUGAUCGAGGGACACGUCAGAGAGGACAAGACUUCCAACGUGUCCCCGCCGCCGCCGCCGCUGCUUCCACCUCCGGGCCUGUGCAUCAGCAACACCUCGCUGACCUCUGCCGCAUCCUUGACCUCCCCCAGGUCACCGGCACCGCCGCCUCACAUCUCCAGCCGGUACAAGACGGAGCUCUGCCGCACCUUUGAAGAGAGCGGCACCUGUAAGUACGGUGCCAAGUGCCAGUUCGCCCAUGGCCUGGAUGAGCUGAGGGGCCUCAGCAGACACCCCAAGUACAAGACGGAACCGUGCCGCACGUUCCACACGAUCGGGUUCUGCCCGUACGGCGCCCGCUGCCACUUCAUCCACAAUGCAGACGAGGCGUACGCAGCCAACCCGGCGGCUGCUGCGAGGCCGAAGCUGAGGCCUCCUCUGCUGCGGCACAGCCUGAGCUUCGCUGGGUUCUCCUCAUCGCCCCACACCUUCCAACCUGUUGAGGAGUCUUCCUCUUUCUUCUUCACCCGGGCUUCCUCAGUCUCUCCUCCUCCCUCCUCCAUUGGAACCCCAGAGCUCCUUUCCCCUCUCUUUCCCGAGCCCGGUGCUCUGAAACACUGCACUUACCCCUUCUCAGGUGUCAGCAACCUGGCGAGCGAUUGCGGCGAUGCAGCUCCACACUUCUACGCCACGACUGACUCCAAGUGCUCAAUGUCUGACUUCCCCCCCAGAAAACCAAACCUUUCGGCGCAGCUCCCUCAGCAGCCGCUGACAUCUCUGAAUGGCUGCCCCGGCCUUCAGCGGUGCUCCUCGGCCGACUCCCUGUCUGAGGAGGGCUACACGUCCUCCUGCUCCCUCAGCUCGUCCUCCAGCAGAACGGACUCGCCGAGUUUCGAGGGCCGGCGCCUGCCCAUCUUCAGCCGCCUCUCUAUUUCAGACGAGUAGGGGAGGGUUUUACUUUUCGGCUGAUUUUAGUCAGGGACAGGUGUCCAAAUGUUUUACCUUUGCGUGUCUAAAGUUAGACGUCAUGAGAAGAGUUAAAACGUUAGGUUCUGACAUCCCUCCACGAUCCGGCCAAGUAAACAUCUAUCUUUGUGCAUAUUGCAUUUCUCAUCCAAGCAGCUGUAUCGCUGCUCAGUGUUUGUCCAGUUUUAGCUGACUCCUUUCUUCUUUAUUAUUUUUAUCUUAUAUAUUUUUUGUAAUUAUUUUGUUUUAUUGUCAUCAUUACUGCUGUAUACUGUUGUAUACCCAUGUUUUAGAGAAUAAAUGGAGUCGUCUCUGUGCUGAUAAAGCUUUGUAAAAAAGAUCCUGAUUUCUGAGAGAUUUUGAUGUUAAUCUGACCAGUGUACAGUCCAAUAAGGUUCUGGACUAACCCGGUCAUGUUCAGGRCUCCUCAACGGGAACGUUUGUUAUUUGUUUAUGGUCCCUGAUUGAUUUAUUGUUUGGCUGUGACCAU